AUGCAGACACUCCCCUACCUCAGCCCACAGAUCAUGGGACAAAAUGGCACAAGUCUGCCUAGACACCCAACGCGGGCCAUGCACAGGUCCCCACCCCUAGAUGGGGCCUGCAGCCUUGGGGCCACACCAGGACCCGGAGGCCACCGCCCUCUCCCUCACUGCCGCCUCUCCCUUGCCAGGUCCGGCCUCUUUGGACUGCCCCCGCUGGCACCGCUGCCCCUGGCUGACGAACCGCCCGCCAUCGGCUGCCACGGCCCGGUCCCCGAGGAGGGGGGAAGAAGAGUGGCCGAGGGGGGGAGCGGCUCCCCUCCUCCUCCCUGCAAGGGCCAGUCCCCCAAGGAGACCCGGCCGCUCAAGGCCGCCGGCCCCGCGCCACCCCCGCCGCCGCCAGUGCCGCCGCUGCCAGCCACGAGCCUGCCCCCCUUCCCGCCCUACUUUGAAGGCGCCCCCUUUCCACACCCACUGUGGCUGAGGAAUACCUACCAGCAGUGGGUGCCGCAGCCGCCGCCCAGGGCCGUGAAGCGGACUCGAAGGCGUCUGUCCCGGAACCGAGACCCAGGACGGCUCAUCCUGAGCAGCAUCCGUCUGCGGCCGCGCCAAGUGCUCUGUGAAAAGUGCAAAAGCACCGUGAGCCCCGCGGAAGUUGGCCCCAGCCCCCCCACCACCCCCAGGGGCCGCCGGAGGCUGGGCAGCGGCCCAGACAGAGAGCCCCGCAAGCCUCAGGAGCAGGAGGACGCCGACCUCACCGCGGGGGCCACCCCCAGGAGGAGCAAGAGGGAGAGGCGGGAGGAGGACCGGGCCCCCCGGGAGCGGGUCCCCCGGAGCCCAGUCAUCAAGAUCUCCUACAGCACGCCCCAGGGCAAGGGCGAAGUGGUCAAGAUCCCCUCCCGCGUGCACGGCUCCCUGGAGCCCUUCUGCCCCCAGCAGGCCCCGCACAACGGCAGCCUGGCCCCCGAGGGGCCGCGGGACUCCGAGCCCAGGGGCAGCGGGGACUGGGUGCCCUGUGGGUCCUCGGCCUCCGUCCCCAAGCUGAAGCUGACACGGCCCGGGCCCCCUGGCCCGGACCUGCCUCCGCCCAAGAUCCGCCUGAAGCCUCGUCGGUCGGGCGAUGGGGAGCAGGAGCCCCUGUACCGCGCCGAGCUGGUGGAGGAGCUGAAUGGAGGCCCGCGGGGGCCCCGCGCCUGCUCACCCGCUCUCUUUCCAGACGGCUCUGGCCACAGGCUGGAGGACAUGUCUUCUGGAAGUUCCGGUGAGGAGGAGGAUGUCCACAGGCGUCCCCAAGGGAAGCAGGAACGCGAGGCCCUGGCGUUUCCUUGCCCCGAGAGGAGAACAGGUGGCCCCCGGGAGCCGGCGCACGGCCGCCCCGGCCCGGAAGAAUCUACGUCAGCCGGCUCUGAAGUGACCUCUCUGGACACCGGCGACCCCUCCUCCCGGGACCCUGCCUCUGCCGCCUCCCCGACCCGAGACGCGCGGCCUACUGUGCCCCCGCUCACGGUCAAGCUGCACACGCAGAGCGUCUCUAAGUGCGUUACCGAAGACGGAAGGACGGUGGCCGUAGGGGACGUCGUGUGGGGUCACCGGCGAUGAGGUGCAGCUGUUAUCCUGAACUUCUGACUUCUGUGAGGGCCCCUCAUGCCUCUGGCAGGCUGCGUGCAGACACAUGCUGAGCCCGGUGGUCAGCCUGGCGUGAGUGCCCUGGAGGAGCAGGUGCGUGCCGAGAGGGGCCAGCCCGGACAGGCUCCUCCUGGCUGUGUGUCUGUUCCUGUGCCUCAGGCUAUGGCGUCUCUGGCCAGGAAACAGCCCAGACGUCCGUGACAUGCUUGCUACUUCCUGUGCCGGACUGGCAGCUUCCGGGCUGGACCGUCCCCAUGCUGCGUGGGGCCGCCGUGGCCCGCCGUGGGGCAGCGUGCCGGGCAGGGCCCGGGCUGCUCUGCUCUGCUCUUCCCCCUGCCGUGCCGGCGGGAGACGCCAACUUGCACGUGUGGGCUGUCCUUCCCAGCCGGGGCAUGGGGUCUCUGUGCAUCCAGCGAGGGGCCUGCCCGUGUCACCCACACUCCUCCCAGAGCAGGGUCCCCUGGGCACCCCAGCCUGCCAGGCCACGUGGGAGAUGCUGCUAUGAGUUUCCAGUGCUUUGGGGAGGAAGGGUGAAGGCGGGCGUGAAUCACGCGGGUGGAGGUUGGGAGGAGAGGCCUCCCUGCCCCGCAGCCAUUCCUUUCCCCUCUGCCACUUCAAAGACCAAAAAGAAAAGGAAAGAAGGAAACAUGGUCUUCUG